AUGCUCUUUUCAUUCCCCCUGCUGGCCACAUUGGCCUCUUUAUCACUGGUUUCGACUGCUACUGCGUCUGGCUCACCUGGAUAUAUCAAGCUUGACGCCCAGAAAUUCAGAGGAAAUUCUUGGGAAGAAGCAAAAUUGGGCGCUCAGCCUCGAGUUCUUCAGAAAAGAGACUCUGAUGGUACUGUUACCAUGAUAUUAGAGAACGAACAGACUUUCUAUCAGACCAUUUUGGAGAUUGGCUCCACUAAACAGAGAGUUGCCGUUCUAGUUGAUACCGGCUCUUCCGAUUUAUGGGUUGUUUCUUCUAAUAAUACUGGAUGUCUUGCUGGAACUACAGGUUCCCUUUCGUCUGGUGUGGUAAGCGUCCAUAGCUCUGCUGGUUCCACCAUCGCCGGUACCUUGGUAUCCAGUUUGAGUUCCGCUACCGCUACUGGCAGUUUGUUAGGUGAUAUUUAUAGUAUCGAAUCGGAUUAUUCCCUGAUGUCUGAUGUCUAUUAUACUACUAUUACUACUAUGAUGAUGAAGGGAAUUGCAUUGUCCAAUAUUCGCAAUUUGAAUGCUGACAUAGGCUCUCCUACAGUUGAGAAGGCCAACGAUGAUAGUGACUAUGCAUCUUCCUCUAUAGCGACUGCCGAACCUACUUUGGACUGUUCCGAAUAUGGUACCUUCAAUUCCAACGAUUCUGACACUUUCAGCAGCAAUAAUACUGCCUUCUCCAUCGAGUAUGCUGACGACACCUUUGCUAUUGGUAUAUGGGGAAACGAUAACGUUAUGAUCAACAGUGUUAAAGUGUCGGACCUUUCGUUUGCUGUCUGUGAUGAUACUGACAAUCAACUAGGUGUUCUUGGUAUUGGUCUCCCCGGCUUAGAAACCACUUACGGUGGUUCUACUUCUUCCUCCACUAGUGACAUGUACAUGUACGCCAACCUACCUAUCAAGAUGAGGGAUUUGGGGCUCAUCGAGUCUGUUUCAUACUCGGUUUACUUGAAUGACUCCGACUCAAGUGAAGCUUCCAUUCUCUUCGGUGCAAUCGAUCAUGAUAAGUAUGUUGGAGACUUGAGCCUUUUCCCAAUAAUAAACAGUGUGGCAUCUUACGGUUACAAGAAUCCUAUCAGAUUGGAAAUCACUUUGAAUUCACUCAACUUGGGUUCUUCCAAAGAGGAUAAGCAGGUUACGUUUGGCUCUGGCUAUGCUCCUGCUUUGCUCGAUACCGGUACCACAUUGACGUAUAUGCCUACAGAUAUCUUGGACGAGCUAUUCAGCUGGCUUAGUGUGGAGUACAGCUCCAGUCUCGGCUACUACAUGAAAUGUGAUGAUGCAGAUGGAUUGUCUAUUACCUUCAACUUCCAAGGUGUCGACAUCAGGGUGCCUCUCAGCGACUUCUUGGUUACAUUGACCACUACUUCAGGAUCUACAUCCUCUUAUUGCAUGGUGGGUCUUAAAGAGAAUUCUGACGAGUCGUUCACACUAGGUGAUUCGUUCCUCAGAAAUGUCUAUUUCGCCGUGGAUAUGGAGAAUUACGUUAUCGCCAUGGCUCCAGCUAACUUGAACUCUACCAGUGAGGAUAUUGAAGUGAUCAGCAGCUCCAUUCCUUCUGCCGUGUCGGCUCCUGACUGGUCUAUGAGCUAUGGAGGGUCUUCCACUUUAAUGACCGAGGUUUCUACGUCCCCAGUGGCCCUUUCUUCCGUCACAAUUGCCUCUAGAGUUCAAACCACUGGUACCUCCAAGAGCUCCGGAACCGAAGGAACCAAAUCUACAAAGUCUUCUUCAUCUUCGGGAAGCAGCUCCAAAAAUUCUGCAUCUUCUUCAUCUUCUUUCAGAUGGUCUUUACUACUACCGAUUGCUGUUGGAAUGGGUAUGGCUGUGAUGAUGUAA